GCAACUCCAUGCGAUGUUUUUAAGUGGCAGCACCAUAACAAAACGCGAGUUGCUGAUGGGCAUUUAAAAGUUGAUAAAGAUAAUUAAAUUAAUACCUAGACCAAUUGGAUAAAUAAACAUAUGCAGUUAAUUAUAUAAUAUUGGCGCAAAGGUAGGAAUGACCGAGAGAACGGUAAACCACCUGUGGAACUGUGCCAAAGAGCUGAGCGUAGAAACACACACCGAACGCUUACUCAAAUCAUACUAUAUCAAUACAAGCCGCAAGUUAGCUCGCCACAAUGUCCAGUUGCCAGAGGAGAACAUUGGACCGGCCCGCAUGUGCGCCCGUUGCGGCAACCAGUGGAGCGAUGGCCAGUACAAAUUGCAUCUGCAACCCCAGCGUUUGGCCAGCAAUGCCAAGCGACGCAGGUUGAUUGCCCAGCUGGAGGCGGUCAAGGCCAAGCAGCAGCGUGGAGGCCUCAGCACUGGGGCCAGAAAACGAGCCAAAUGGCUAAAGAAGCGCAUGGCCAGCAACAUGGCAGUGCAAUGCGAGCUUUGCCAACAUAAAACAAUGUUGCCGCUGGAAAAGCCUAAGAAACGCGCCAAAGCUAAGACAAUGCAAGCAGCAGCAGCAGCAGCAACUACAACAACAACAGCGAGGAGCAAAAAACAUAAAAAUAAAGACAUCAAUGCGGGGCUAAAGCUAAAGAUGCCAAUACCACAAAAACAAACAAAAGCGCCAACAACAGCAACUGUAGCAAAGCAGUCAACAACAACAACAACAACAACAGUGAAUUCUCAAAGCAACAAACAAAAGAACAAAAAGAAGAAGAAGCAACAACAGCAGCAAACGAAAACAACGCCAACGCCCGUGCAAAAAGUGCAAUCGAAGACACAAAAACAAAACGCGCUGUUGCAGUUGGCAGCGCAGCUUAAAACGCACGCGUCACAAAACGCCAGUAGAACGCAACAAAAUCGCCUACAAGCGUUUCUUAAGUAAAACUUUUGUCUUAAGUAGAAGAAAUUGUUUAUUUUGAAUGACUAGGGUUGUUCAUUAAGUCUAAGUUAAAAUACGUGUAGUUGACGAAAGCAAAAACAACAAAACAACGUUUCAAAGCAGAGCGUAGCGCGUUUAAAAACGCUGCAAAACCGCAUGCAAACGUUUGUCAAACAGAAAAAACUACACCUAACUUACAGGCAUUCAGGUAAUUUGUAUGAGCUGAUAAUUAGCAACAAUGAACAAA